AUGGCGCAGCACGGCUUCGGCCAGAUGGGCGGUGGCAAUGGUGCCAUUGACCCCAACGACCUCACUGGCGGCUUCGGCCAGUCGUUCCAGAACAACUAUGGCUCCAGCCAGAAUAACCACUCUACCGGCUUCUCCAGCGGCGCCGCACUCAUCUCCGACGACGACCUCUUCGAUACGCUUGGCAGUCCUGCCGAUGCACAAUCCGGCCUGGGAGGCCACGAUUUCUCCGGUAUGACCGGCGUCGGCCUUGGCGGCGGCUAUUCACAAAAUAUGUUUGCUCAACACGGCCUAUCACUCGACCAGGCAAAUAUCAACGGCUUUUCCAACACACCAGAAGGCGACCCGAUACAAAGUCCGUUCGUGAACAGCAUGGGCCAGUACCGGUCUAUGCAGCACCCCCAUGCCUUUGGCUCUCUUCAGUCGCCUGGUGGCUACACCGGCUCUCCGCUGGCCACCUCAAACUUCGCCGGCGACGAGGCCAGCGAGGCUGCCCUUUUGAAGUCCCGCGCCCGCCUCUCUCAAUCCAUGCCUCGCAAGGCGCCCACCGCACGAAACCCGCUCAACUCCAAGUCUAUCGGCACCUCCAUUCCUACUACGUCAGUCGACUCCUUCGUAGGGUCCCCACAGCCGAUCCGCACAAAUGGUUCAAACCACGAGAAGUCCGCGUCAGGCCAGUGGGCACAGACACCCAACAGCCUCUCUUCGUUCCCCGGCUCCGGCUUUUCGUCUCCAAUGCAGCCCGGCGGCCUCCACAGCGCCCAAAUCAAUGAACUUCUCCUCAAAGGUGGCACAUCUAUGCCCGCAAAACUCGGCGCCCCAAUCAACACAACGCAGGAAGCCAAGCGGAAGAGACGUCGGGAGUCGCACAACCUCGUCGAACGACGCCGCCGUGACAACAUCAAUGAGCGUAUCCAAGACCUCAGCAAGCUUGUGCCCAGCCACCGGUUAGAGGAUGAAAAAAUCAAGAAGCUCAUCUCCACAGGUACACCACUGUCACCGACUUUGACGGGGUUGGCGAGCCCCUCACAGGCCACAUCGGGCCUGGCCGGCCCCGGAGCACGGCGGGCGGCUGGCACGAGUGCUGGCAACAUUACCACCGGCCUGCCGCUUGAGGAGAAGGACAAAGGUCCCAACAAGGGCGAUAUUCUCAACGGUGCUGUUAGCUGGUGCCGCGACUUGAUGUGGAUGUUGGACACAUACGUCUCGCGUCAGGAGGAGCUCAUUGAGUACUUCAAUGACCGUGGCGAACCGAUGCCCUUCACCAUUACUGACGACGAACGCCGGCUGACCUCGGAGCUGAUGAUUGCCAUGCGCAACCCCGACGGUGCCGAAGGCGAGAAGAAGCACUUCACUUACUCGCGGACGGACGGGUCCGGUCUGCGCGUACCCGACUACACGGACUACAAGGGCGACCCGCUAAACGGCUCCGGUCAAAUCGAUACACUCUCGCUGCUGACGGGCAAUGGCGGCACCGGUGUUAUCGCCACGCAAGAUCUAGAGCAAGGCGAUUUCUGGGGCGACGAUGACGACGGGGGCGAUAUGGAACUGAAGGAAGAAGACGAGUUCAUGGAUCUCUCAUAA